AUGGCUGAGGUUGCCCCCCUUCCUGCUGCUCUCCCUCUCCCGGACAUCGCAAAUGUCGCACAUGCAUAUGAACUACAAGCCCAGGCGAGCACUAUGCAAGCCGAGGCCAGUACAAUCCUUUCCCAGAAUGCUGCGCUGCUUCCCAAUAUCCCUGCCGUAAAUGAAGUCAACAUUCUUCAACAAAUUCUUGCCUCUAUCAAUGAAAUCAACGGGCGCUUGAACACAACGAAUGGACGCUUGGGCACAAUCGAAGGACGCUUGACCACAAUGGAAGGACGCUUGACCACAAUGGAAGGACGCUUGACCACAAUGGAAGGACAGCUGAACAAUGUUCGCGCAGAUGUUGAGACCGUUCGAGCAGAUGUUCAGCAAGUCCGACAAGACUUGAGAUACGAGUCCGAAUGCACCAUCAUCCGUUCCCAUAACAUACAGCAGGCGCGUAAUGGGCCCUUGAUCCCGCUACCUCAUCGCCCUGGUUGCCCUGCCUAUCAAGCGGGUGAAUUCCCCGCAAAUGAAUCGGCGCUGCCCGGUUUACCUGUUGCAGCUGCAAACCAUCUCUUGGCCGCCUAUGGACUGCCCACCGCUGGGAACAUUCAAGAAAAGAGGGAAAGGCUUGCUCGAUUCCUUGGCCGUCAACUCUAA